AUGCCCCCUCUCAAGCAGUACUUCUAUGAGGAAAAGAAUCGCAUCGACACAUCGAGUGUAACAAGCGAUCAUGAGCACAUGCUGGGUCAUGAGCAAACUGUAUCGUCUCCGAUGCUGUUGAAACGGCUCUUGUCUAUGAAAGAGCUUCUAGUUUUAUUCUCCAUGUCAUUCAGCUAUGCCCUCUGCUUCAAUACUUUGAAUAAUAUUGUGAUUCCUAAAACGGUUGCACGUCUCGCUGACGGUGCACAAAGUCUCUGGGUGGGGGCAUUGAUGGUGCUAGGGGCACUUUCCCAGAUGUCUGCACCGCUUAUUGGGGCGUACAGUGAUCGUGUGGGGAGCAGGGCGAUCUUUUUGAUUUAUGGUGCAGCUUUAACGGUCGUCGGCAUCUUUACAUUUAUCCUCGUGGAGAUAACAGAAAUGCUGGCGGUGCUUUGUGUUGCGCAGGUCAUCGCCACUGUUGGGCUUUCGAUUGUGUACAGUAUGAUAACAGCACUCUUAAAUGACUAUGUGCUUGAGGAGCAGACUGGGAAAGGCAGCGGGGCGAUGGCGCUUCUCGCCCUUUCGGGCAGUGGCACUGGCUACGCGAUGUUUGCACUCGAUUUGCCUGUCAUCUACUCCCUAUGCAGCUACGUUCUGGCAACACUCUUCUGCCUUGUGAUAACCAUGUCCUUUAUACCUACGGUCGAACCGCUACGGCAGUCGCAGCACCCCGUUCGGUGUUGUGAUGCAGUGGUGGUAGCCUUGACAAUGCCGUCGUUCCGCGUUUAUCCCGAUUUUGUCUUUGCUUGUCUGGGGCGAGCGUUAUUUAACUUCGGCCUGGCGGUACAAGUGUACCUCGUCUUUUACGUGCGCGACGUGUUCGGGGCCGCAAGUCCGGUGCGCAUCACCUCGGCGCUGUGGAUCGCCGCGCUGGCCGGCGGACUCGUGGGCGCCAUUCCGAGCGGCAUCUUCUCCGACCGCAUCGGGCGGAAGCCGGUUAUUUACGCCUCUGUGAUAGUGUGCGCUGUGUCGCUUCUGCUGCUGCUCGCAGUGCGCGACAUAGCACUUCUGUACGUCGUUGGCUUCCUUCACGGCGUCGGUAGCGCAUCGUAUCUAUCUGUCGACUACGCGCUGGGUGUCUCCACGCUGCCGCGCAAGAGCGGGUCUCCCGUCGACGCGGCGAAGGAUUUGGGCCUCUUCGCCACGAGCGCGACGAUCGGCACGCUGAUUGGCCAGGUAGUGUACGGCACGGUGCUGCACACCUUCGUGGGGCGCACGGAUGCGGGUGCGGCGCGCUACAGCAGCCUCGGGUUUGUGGUGGUGUAUUCCAUUUCGUGUCUGGCGUUCGUGGCGAGCGGUGUGACGCUGGCGUUUAUCCGCGUCAAGUAA